CUUGUGGAAACCUCGCCAGAGCCUGUGCUGCAAGCGUCGUUUUCUUGACAUGACGUCGAGCUUUGCUCCAGACAGGCUUAUGUCCAGUCCGCUUAGACGGCGAUCAGCCAAUAUUGCCAAUGCGGCCUGGCCAAGUGGCCAGGUGACCGCCCUCUCGCUGAGCCCUGCCCAGGCCAUGGAGCCCAUUGCCAUGGAGCCCGUUGUCCCGCAAAUGAACUCGCUAUCCGUGCCAGCACAAUUUACAGGCCAAGCGCAGCUAAAGGUGGCAGGGCCAAAUCUGACCUAUGCUGCGCCUCUCUCUCCGAGAGUUUCGUGCGCAAGUAGAUCAGGCACCAGCAGUGUCCCAAUGCCACAGCCCUGUGCGUGGACACCCUGUAUGCAGUGGCCUGCGCUAAGUCCUUCAAUGUGCUACGCGCCAAGCUACCCGGAGGUGCCAGCGCUGCCAACAGCGCGCGCAGCGCAGGCAGCACAUGCAGCGCGCGCAGCACAAGCGCACGCAGCACCAUCGCAUCCUGGCUAUCCAAUGCAUCCAGUGUCGCAUAGCUCAGGCGAGCUGCAAGAGCAGCUGCUGCACGACAAGCUGCUGCAAGACCAACUGCAAGAACUGCACAGCUCCAUCCUUCGGGAUGUGGAGGAGCACAUUGCGCAGCUGCGGAAGCGGCCGGCGAAGGAUAUCCCGGAAAGGGUGCAACUUCUGCCGCCUCAGGUGCAAAGAAGAGCAUCCACAGGGACGCCCUCGCACGAAUCUUGGAACGAAUCUCCUGGACCCUCGGCCGCAAGUGCUUUAAUGUGGCGAAAAGGUGCAGGAAAAGGUUGGGAUUCCAGCACGAAGAACAGUGAGUUGGAAUGGACGGCCUUUGUCACUUCCAGACAGCAGGCCAGCAGUCCGCGCGCUCGCCUUCGAGAGACACUGCGUGAGCGAGCAUGCCGCGAGCUGUCCUUUUCACCCUCCAGGUCUUCUCCACGCCAGCCAAAGGAGACGAAGUUCUCGCCCCCGACGGCUUACAAAGAGCUGUCGUCGUGGGAGCUGGCAGAGAAGACCCCGUGGGUCGACGUGCAAACUGCCAGAAAAGUCGACAUGGAGUUGCACAGUUCAUCACCAGCGACGGUGAAUCAAGCCUUCGCCUCCAGCCUGAGAACAAGUGCGAGCAGGACUUUGAGGCCUUCGUCGACUCCGCGUUCGAGGUGUUCACCAAGGGACCAGAGAGGUUGCAAGAUUCGUCCACCAACAUCCUGGUUUCCCAAGGAGGAAAUAAACAACAUGAAAAUGG